GGGAAUGUGAACUCAUUUUUUCCUCAAUUGGUGAGUCCAUUCAACACACAAAAACUUUCAAACACUCUAAUAAGAUGGAUAAUACUUCUUCUUUCUAUUCUUCACACCAAACACAAAACCACUACUACAACCACCACCACCACAACCACCACCAAUCAACCGCGUCGGAGUCAGAAUCGUCCGGCUCCGCCAGAUCGUGUGACUCGUUCCCAUGGGACGAGUUUUGGUCUAGUUAUAACUCUGUCUCACUUCCUCAACUCCCGUUUAAUACCAAUGACUCUGAUGAGAUUGCGCUUUUUAACAUGUUGUCAGAGCAGGAUAUCCAGCAGGGAAAGCGGGCUGAAAUAAAUGUUCAGCCCGCUUCCCCUGCUUCUACCAACUCCUCCUCCCCCUCAUCAUCCUCCACGUCAUCCUUUUCUCAGGGUGACGUGGGGCCCACGGAGAGGGCCUACAGAGGGGUGAGGAGGCGGCCGUGGGGGAAGUUCGCGGCGGAGAUUAGGGACUCAACGCGUAACGGUGUCCGAGUCUGGCUAGGCACCUUCGACGAUGCGGAGGCGGCCGCCUUGGCGUACGAUCAAGCGGCAUUCUCGAUGAGGGGGCCGAUGGCGGUGAUGAAUUUUCCGAUGGAGGUGGUGAGGGAGUCAUUGAAGGAGAUGAAGAGAGAGAAUGAGGAAAUAGAAGAAGAUAAUGAAGGUUGCUCUGCUUCCCCUGUAAUUGCAUUGAAAAGGAAGCAUUUGAUGAAGAGGAAAUCAAUGGGUAAUAAUGGCAGAAAAAAGGAUAGAAAAGUGAAGAAUCAAACUUCAUUUUCUUCUUCUUUUACUCCUAAUUCAGAGAGUUUGGUGAUUUUUGAAGAUUUGGGAGCUGAUUAUUUAGAACAAUUAUUGAAUUGUUCUUAAAAGAAAUAAAAUAAUUGGGUUUCAAUUUUGGGUGCUCUGUUUUUUGGUCCCCUGAAAACAGGGGAAAAAACAGGGAAAGUUUUAAUCUUAAUUUGAGAUUAUAACUUCUUUUCCCCCUUUUUUUAAUUUUUUUAAGAUAUAUUAUUUUAUAAUUUGUAUUUCUGUUAUUAGUUUAUCGGUUUAUCCCCUUGGUUUCUUUUGUAAAUAUGGAGCAUGAAGGUGUAUUAUUACUUCAAAAAUUACUUAGCUUUUUAGGUGGUUUUUUUGUACUCCGUAUAUGAAAACUAUUAAAUAUUAUUUCUUUACUAUUA